AUUGUGUUUGUGGGUUGUGUUGGUUCUCACUUGUGUUUGUGUUGAUGUGGCAAUGGUAGAUGCUGAUCGUCGCAUAAAAACCACCACCCACGACCAGAUCGAGUGCACAAUGUGUGCCGCCUGUGAUAACCCCUGCAACCCAGUUUACUCAUCACCCCCGCCACCUCCGUCGCCGCCACCUCCGUCGCCGUUGCCGUCGUCACCGCCUCCUUCCACCAACAAUUGCCCUCCCCCUCCUUCUCCUCCUAGCUCUGGCGGAGGCGGAGGUACAUAUUAUUACUCUCCACCCCCACCCUCUCAGUAUAUCUACUCCUCGCCACCUCCUCCGGCAUCCACCGGAGGAACCGGCGGCACCUACUAUUAUUACCCUCCGCCCGACAACAGAAACUACCCAACGCCGCCGCCGCCCAACCCAAUCGUGCCAUAUUUUCCUUUCUACUACUACAGCCCUCCGCCACCGUCCACGGCGGCUUCUUCGCCGUUGACGUCUUCCUCGCUGCUCUAUGCGGUUGCUUUGUCAACCUUUUUGUUGUUGUUGCGUUGAUUGAAGAUGCUAAUAGAAGAUAUAGAGAGAGAGUAACGAAACUGGUGGGAAUAACUGCAUAGAUUUGCAGAUCUAGAAAUUCUGC